CAUCACCUACUCCGGUGGAAAUGGGCUACUGUAUAUUUGUAAAUAUUCCACCUCUUGAAGACAAGCAGUUUUUUUUCUUCUAAACAACAACCUGUACAUCAUAAAUGUCAAUUUAGAAUCCACCCAAAACCCCACACAUCUGCCCAGCACACUCUCCUGUGCAGGUUGUGUUUGUCCAUUGUGCUGCUUGGCGUGACAGUGUGCCAUUAUUCUAGGCUUUGUAUGGGUCUGUAUUGUUCUCCUGUGGGGUGCUUUGUUGAGUGCGGGGGUAUAGUGGUGAUGCUGCGGGCCAUUGCUUUAUGCUGACUCUGACCUGUGGGAAUGGCAGGGAGCGAUAUGGCCUUAUGACUAGGCCAUAGGCAGAGAGAGGAGGAGAAGGAGAGAGGAACAGCAUCAGCAACUCGCAUCCCAAGAGAGCAUUUGGAAAUGGACUAAAAUAUUACUGGAUUAAAGACUCAUCUGUUCAAGUCCAAGUGUAGUCAUGCAGGAGAACCCGGGCUCUAUAGGUGUGGAUGGAGGAUAUGCCAGCAACGUACCUGCUUUCCUCACUAAACUCUGGACUCUUGUUGAGGACCCAGAGACCAGUCAUCUGAUUUGCUGGAGUACUACGGGCACCAGCUUCCAUGUUUUUGACCAGGGCAGGUUUGCCAAAGAGGUUCUGCCCAAAUACUUCAAACACAAUAACAUGGCAAGCUUUGUACGCCAGCUCAACAUGUACGGCUUCAGGAAGGUGGUGAAUAUUGAGCAGAGUGGGCUGGUGAAGCCCGAGCGAGAUGACACCGAGUUCCAGCACCUCUAUUUCCUCCAGGGUCACGAGCAUCUGCUUGAACACAUUAAGCGCAAGGUGUCAAUAGUGAAGAGCGAGGACACCAAAGUGCGGCAGGAGGACUUGAGUAAGUUGUUGUAUGAGGUGCAGGUGCUACGAAGCCAACAAGAGAACAUGGAGAUGCAGAUGCAGGAUAUGAAACAGCAAAAUGAUGUUCUGUGGAGGGAGGUGGUGUCACUGAGACAGAAUCACACACAGCAGCAGAAAGUCAUGAACAAGCUGAUUCAGUUCCUGUUUAGCCAGAUGCAGUCCAACACUCCCAGCACUGUGGGAAUGAAGAGAAAGCUUCCUCUCAUGCUGGAUGAUGGCAGCUCCACCCCUCCUGCCUCAAAAUUCAGCCAUAGCCACUCCGCAGAGUCCUUACAAGAAUCUUUCUAUAUCCAGUCGCCAUCCACAGAAAGUGCAUCCUGCUCCACUAGCAAUGUGAUGACAGGAGGGCCAAUAAUCUCUGAUGUCACUGAAAUCUCACAGUCCGGCACCAUGGCUUUACAAAUGCAGGCAGAGGAAUCUAGAGAAAAGUGUCUGAUGCUGAUUAAGGAAGAGCCAGUGAGUCCAGGGGUACAGGGACGAGGAGAGGGUGUACCACUCGGCUCCUGUGAGGUGUGCACUGAACCCCCCGUCCUCCCUGUUGCCAUGGUGCAGUCCGUCCUAGAGGGCCGAGGAUCUAAUUUGGGAGAGAGAAGGGCCAAAAGACCCAUGCUGGAGAGAUCAGAGAUUCCUGAUGGUGUGGAGAAUGUUGACAUGAGCCUGGAGGAUUUACAGCUGCUUCUGAGGAGCCACCAGCAGAGCAUGGAAACCAGUGCUGCAGCAAUGGAUCCCUUCACAUUUAGUCUAUCUUUGAACGAGUGGAACUUCACAGAAAUGGACCCAACCCUGAAAUCAGAGCUGGCUAAUGCCCUCAUCCCUGCUGCUGUGUCCCAGUACAUGUUUCAGGGUCAGGAAAUGGAGACGUUCCCCACUGCUGGCUAUGAGGAGCAGUGAAGCCCUGAUAUGACUGCCAGCACAUAUUUCUCAUGAGAGUGAGCAGAGUGAUCUAUUUGAAAGCAUGCCACUUGGAUUGUACAUUAUCCCAACAUCAGAAGAGAAGGCUCAACUUUAUCUGACUAGCAGAUGAGGAGGUUAUAAACAGUAUCAAGUAAACAUGCUGGCCAGCCCUUUGUGAAGAUUCACUUAGUUGGCCACUGGUGGAAGGUGCAUUUCUACAAAAAAAAACUGGGAGCAUUUCAACUCUUUGCCGAGGAAAUGGCAAUAUUAAGCAUUUCCCUCCCGAACGACUACAAUGCAGGUGAACUGUAUGCAAUAUGACGUAAAUCAGUGUCUGAGUUUGAAUGCACUUUUGUCUGCAUGCUUUGUGGAGCAGUGAUUUCAUUUUCUCUAAAAUAUAACUGUAAAAAAAAGAAUAUAUUUAGUUUGAUAUCAUAAUGAAGCACACACUUGUAUUUCAAUAUAUAUUUGAAGACAUAAAAAGUACUAUGUAUGUAUUAAUGUAAGAAGUCUAGGGGUUAAUCAGACCUCGUAGAAAGAAAACUGAAAACGAUGCACUGGUUUUUGCACAAUUUAGUGUCUUUUUGCAAUCCUAUUUUAGUAUCUGAAAUAUAUUAUUAAGACAUCAAGUAUCUUUGUUUCAAUUUAUCCUUUAGUUGA